AAGCCUUUCCUUCCUUCUUAUUAAACAAUACAAUAAUUAAUUAUCAUUGAUCUAUCACUGUAGCUAGCUACUGCAACAUUGUCUUCUGGUUGAUCUCUCUCAGUAUACCGUUGACUUCCUAAUUUCUCUUACCAAAUUUCUUAAACCUUUCUGAUGAUCUGUGCUUCCUGUUUCUGAUUGAAUCGAAUCAUCUCAUCUGGAGUUCAACCAUCUUUCUUGCUUGCUUGCAAGAUCAGCUUUCCCAGAAUUUGAACAUUGAGGUGCGUCCACGCGUUAACUCACUCAGCAAUUAGUUUCAGAUUCUUUUGAAUCCUGGGCAAAAUGGUUCAGUCAAAUGAUCCAUUUUGGCAUCAUGUUGAGGAGAUGAAGUGUAUGUAUUGCGGGCGUCAAUUUCCUAACGAUACUUCCAUUUCAAGGAUCAAAUGGCAUUUAUCAGGAGAGAAAGGGCAUGGUGUUGCCAAAUGUGGACAAGUGCCUAAACAAGUUCAAGAAGCAGCUUUUCUAGCUAUGCAUGGUGGCAAAAAAAGACAUAAAAGCAUAGCAAGUUCAAGCAAUGUUAAUGAUAAUGCCAUUUUAACCACUCCACAAGAACAAAACAAUGAAGUCGAAAAUUUGGCAGGAGAUGCAGGAAGGACACAAGCACCAGAUACAAUGGGUCAAGCACUUGAAUUAAGUUGGGUUGAGAUCAAUGAAAUGUUAAUGGAGCAUGAUAUAGAGAAUGGGACUGGAGGAGUAGUGCAGCCUGGUGGAGGAGCUUGCUCUUCUGGAGGGCUUACAGGCAACACAAACGAGACUACAGGAGAUCCAUUACCUACUAGCUCUACAAAGCUAGUGGGUCGAGCAUUUGAAGAGAAUAUGAAUGUGAUAUGUUCUUGGUUACUGGAUGAUGAAGUCUCAACCAUUGGCAUUUACGGAAUGGGGGGAGUCGGUAAAACGACAAUGCUGCAACAUAUCCAUAAUGAGCUUCUAGAAAGGCAAGACAUUUCUCAUUGUGUUUACUGGGUGACCGUGUCUCAAGAUUUCAGCAUUAAAAGAUUGCAAACUCUUAUUGCUAAAUGUCUUGGCUUCAAUCUUUCAAGUGAAGAUGACGAACUGCAUAGAGCUGUCAAAUUGUCAAAAGAACUAAAGAAGAAACAAAAAUGGAUUCUCAUUUUAGAUGAUUUGUGGAACACUUUUGAGCUACACAAAGUGGGAAUUCCUGUCCCAGUGAAAGGUUGCAAGUUGAUUAUGACAACACGAUCAAAAAGGGUUUGUCAACAAAUGGAUAUCAAACACAAAAUCAAAGUGAAGCCACUUUCGAAGACAGAAGCUUGGACUUUGUUCAUGGAGAAACUUGGACAUGACAGAGCACUUUCUCCAGAAGUGGAACGAAUAGCAGUAGAUAUUGCAAGAGAAUGUGCUGGUUUGCCUCUAGGAAUUAUAACAAUGGCGGGAACCAUGAGGGCAGUGGUUGACAUAUGUGAGUGGAAGAAUGCAUUGGAGGAAUUGGAAGAAUCAAAAGUUAGAAAAGAUGAUAUGGAACCUGACGUAUUCCACAGAUUGAGAUUUAGUUAUAACCAUCUGAGUGAUUCAGCAAUGCAACAAUGUUUCUUGUACUGUGCAUUAUUCCCGAAAGACUUUGAGAUCCCUAGAGAUGAUUUGAUAGCUUAUUUGAUUGACAUUGGAGUGAUAGAAGAGUUGAAUAGCAGGGAGGCAGAAUUUAACAAAGGCCACUCGAUGCUUAACAAACUUGAAGAUGUCUGCCUAUUGGAAAGUGCUAAGAAAAUGUUUGAUGAUUGUAGAAGUGUCAAGAUGAAUGGCUUGAUUAGGGACAUGGCGAUCCAAAUACAACAAGAGAACUCUCAAGGCAUGUUUAAAGCAGAUUCACAAUUAAAAGAAUUGCCGGAUGCAAAGGGGUGGACAGAGAAUUUUACAAGAGUUUCAUUGAUGCAUAACCAAAUUAAAGAAAUUCUUUCUUGUCAUUCACCAUGGUGUCCCAGUCUUUCAAUUCUACUCUUAUGCAAAAAUUCAAAGUUGCAAUUUAUUGCAGAUUCAUUUUUUGAGAAGUUGCAUGGGCUCAAGGUUCUUGAUCUGUCUUAUACAAAUAUCACAAAACUGCCUGAUUCUGUCUCUGAAUUGGUGAGUCUCACUGCAUUAUUGCUCAUAAAAUGUAGGAAGUUAAGGCAUGUACCAUCAUUGAAAAAGCUCUGGGAACUGAAGAGGUUAGAUCUCUCUGGUACUUGGGCACUUGAAAAGAUGCCUCGAGCAUGGAAUGUCUAUGCAACCUGAGGUAUCUUAGAAUGAAUGGAUGUGGUGAAAAGGAGUUUCCUAGUGAGUUGCUACUUAAACUCUCUCGCCUGCAAGUCUUUGUACUAGAGGAAGAGCUAAUUGAUGGAAGAUAUGCUCCGAUAACAGUUAAGGGAAAGGAAGUAGGAUGCUUGAGGAAGUUGGAAAGUUUGAAAUGCCAUUUUGAAGGUCAUUCUGACUACGUGGAGUAUCUUAAAUCUCGAGAUGAGACCCAAUCACUAAGCACAUACCAAAUUCGUGUAGGACUACUGGCUAACUAUCAUCAUUGUGGCAGAAGUAAAACAAUUGUUUUGGGUAACUUGAGUAUCAACAGAGACGAAGGUUUUCAGGUCAUGUUCCCAAAGGACAUUCAAAAAUUGAUCAUUGAUAAUUAUGAUGAUGCAAGAAGUUUAUACGAUGUUUCCUCUCUAAUAAAGUAUGCAACUAAAGUGGAGGUCAUCAGGAUAUGGAAUUGCAAUAGCAUGGAGAGCUUGGUUUCAUCUUCAUGGUUCUGCUCUGCUCCACUACCAUUGCCAUCUUAUAGUGGUAUAUUUUCUGGUCUUAAAGAGUUCUAUUGUUAUGGAUGUACAAGUAUGAAGAAGUUGUUCCCUCUUGUCUUGCUACCAAACCUCGCAAACUUAGAAAAUAUUGCAAUUUAUAAUUGUGAUAAAAUGGAGGAGAUAAUAGGUGGAACAAGAUCAGAUGAAGAAGGGGUUAUGGGUGAAGAAAGCAGUAGCAGCGAAUUCAAACUCCCAAAGUUAAGAAUUCUGAGCUUGUUUGACUUACCAGAACUGAAAAGCAUUUGUAGUGCAAAACUGAUUUGCGAUUCCCUGAAAGAAAUGAAAGUAAUAAAUUGUCAGAAGCUGAAAAAGAUGCCAAUUGGUCUUUCGUUGCUUGAAAAUGGCCAAGGCAUCUUCACAUAGCCGAGCUUGCGAUAACAGUUGAUUAUGAGCAAUCAAGUAUGGGUCUACCAUAACUAAAUGAGGAUCUGUCCUAUACAGAUUACGUGAAUGAUCUAGCAGAUACAUUUAUGGAUCAAUGAGAUAGGUUAUUUCAACCAACUGUUGGAUCAUGCUCAAACUUUUACAACAAUGAAUGAAUGGAAUCGGUACUCCAACCGGUUUGAAAAUCUCACCUUGGGGCCUUGGAUUUGACAAUUUCUUUUUUUAUGAUUUUCCUUGUUAUUUCGGAUUUAUGCUUCUUUCUUUUGUAUUUUCAGAAUUCUUUUUGUUUUCUAGCUGAGAUAGGAUUUCUGACUUAUUUAAGGCUUUGUAAACCUCCUAAGGAGGAAAACUUCAGUAUUAUUAUUUUAGGCUCAUCAAAAA